UCGUUGAUGCUUGGUAUUCACGGUCUACCCCGGAUUACCCCACAUUCCGGUCGUCUGGUAGUGUUUAGCUCCAAAUAUCCACGAUGUUUAAAGACAAAAGAUUUUGCAAUGGAUGAUGGGUGUGCGCAAACAAGAUCCUCUCUUACCAAGGGACCGCCACGACCACGAUGGGUUUGAUGCAUCUAUAUGUUACGGCUUCGACAUAUAUAACAUGCACAUAUGCGUCAGUAAAUUGGAAAAUGAAUUAUUCAGGCCGCUAAUAUGAAUGCGCAGAUUUGUUGAUUAUGGAAACGUUUAUCCCGUCGCAUAUUAUUACAAUAACUUGUCGGGUUCGAACGAUAGGGUCGAAUAUGACAAUAACACUUCUAUAACUUUGUCUCCGUCUACGCCAACGGUCACCCUGGACUACGGAACAGAAGUCGCAGGUUUCCCAUUCUUGAGAACCACUACGGGUGGUUUUACUUCAUAUGUCGAAGCAAAAUACGCCGAGUCCUUGGCCUCUCUGUCGAACAACAACGCAGAUGGUCCCUGGACGUUCUCGAACGGACUAGCUAACUCAUUUCGAGUUGAGACCUUUGAGACCAGCAACUCUAGCUAUUUGGAGAGUUUCUUCGUUCAGGGAGGUCAACGAUGGCAAUCCCUUCGCUUACUCGGCAAUCAGUCAAUUACUGUCACAAAUGUUGGUUUCCGAGCCACCAGUCAACAUACGGAUGUUGAUAAGUUACCAACAUAUAUGACAACAAGCAAUGCCAUGUAUAACAAGAUUCUGGACCUUGGAGGUCGUGUAGCACAAGUAGCUUGUGUAGAUGCCGGCAAUGCGCCAUCAACAUGGGAGCUGACCGAUGAAGGCGUACUUGUCCGAGGCCAGACAACUGCGCAAUCCGCAAAGGGUAUCUUGAUGAAAGCUGCAAACUACACCAUUGAAUUCUCAACAAAAAUACUUCGCGGCGGGACUGGAUGGAGGAUCGCGAGUGAUAUUGCGCCAUCUGGGCCUCUUUUUGUCUUUACAUCUGACUACCCGGACAACAACACACCAAGCAAUACAAACAGGACGCUUCUGCCACCCAACAACAUAAUAUUCAAUAGCGGAUGGAGUAUCGUAAACCAGUCAACUCUGGAGACACCAGCAAAUUCGUACUUCUCCAUCAACACUACGCUGCAAGAAGGCACAUGGUACCGAAUCAGCACUUCUAUUGAGCAGUCCGGCUAUCGCAUUCGAUUGGAUGGAAACGAGAUCGCGUUUGUGCCGCUCCCACCACCAAGUGAAAACCCACGAUUCAGCUCGCCGUCUAGAUAUGAGGGAACUUGGGGAUUUGGAGGUUUCCAAGAUCACAUUUCCAUGUUUGCCAACGUAUCAGUCAAAUCCCAAAAUGGCUCACAGAUCUACGAGAAUAACUUAUUAUCAGAGGAUAUCCUGGCCGAAUACGGGGUAGCACCGCUCAAUCAUUCCAUAUGUCUUGACGGCGCAAAGCGCGAUCGUCUUCUUUGGAUUGGUGAUUUUUAUCAUACAGUUCGAGUGCUGGCCCAAUCCAGCGCGCGUUGGGACUACAUAACAGGCUCGUUAGAUUAUAUCUUUGACUACCAGGUCGCUUCUGGUCCGUAUGCCGGUUUUGUUCCUAUCUCACCAGGGAUGGGGACGAGGCCUGAAUACUCAGCUGCGGAUCCUGGAUGGGAAGGGCUGGUCGAUUAUCAAGACCUCUUGCUCGCUGGUAUAGGAAAAUAUUUUGAAUACACUGGUGACGUGGAAGGCUUGAAGAGGUACUGGUCAAAUAUCAAGAGCCUCGCAGAAGCCAGAAUGAAGUUCAUUGAUCCAGUUACUGGUCUUGUGGCUGGUAGUUCCGAGGUUCCAAACCCGUUCAGCUUCAACGGCCCUGCGAAUGGGAGCGCUACCUCGGGAAUGCUUGCUUUCGCAUUGAAACAGCUAGUUCCUGUUGCUCUUGCUUUAGACGAAAAAGAAACUGCUGAUCGUUUCACGUCUACCGCUUCAAAAUUGAUCGAUACCAUCAAUGAUCAACUGUGGAAUCCUUCUUUGGGCACAUACUCCUUGUCCUUGGACUCACCGGGGAACUUCUCAUACACGGGCGUUGCAUGGUGCAUUCUCGCUGGAGCAGCAGAUCGCGAUCAAAUCCAAUCAUCCCUCGCGAAAAUCGAGGAGCUUCGUUUCGGUGCAGGAUACAGAACAAUAUCUUCCGAUGCCGAGUCUCCAGACUACCAGCUUGCGCCAAAUCCCUCUGGCUUCCUUCUUGAAGCUCUGCUCCAAGCAUAUCACGAACACGAAAUCGACAGCACAACAUCUGUAUCCCAUCUUCUUGAUGGCCUCUGGGGUAGUAUGGUCAACGACGAUAAUUACUACUCUGGCGCGAGCUGGGAAUACGUGAAACCGGACGGCUCACCUGGAAUUGAUGCUUUUACGAGUUUAGCUCACCCGUGGGGCGCUGCUCCAACCUACGUACUGCCAGAAUAUGUGCUCGGCAUACGACCUACUACGCCUGGUUAUAAGUCUUUCGUGGUACAACCAGCGAUCGGAUUCCUCGGCUUGGAGAAGGCGGAAGGCAGAGUCGCGACACAGUUUGGUACAAUAAACGCGAGCUGGUCUGUGGAAGCAGAUGCAGCUGUGAUAGAUGUCGAAGUUCCUUCGGGGGCUACGGGAUAUGUCAAAUUAUCUUCGACAUGGAAAUUGGAAGGGUCAAACAAUGAAACUGGUCAAGUCGCGCUGCAUGAGGGAGGUAACCGCUUGUUUCUCACGUUGGCUUGA